AUGGGCACAUAUACGCCAUUAAUAUACAAUAUAUAUAACGUUCAUAUAUGGGUAUUUACAGAGAGCCAGGGGCAAAUUGGACAGAUGUCUCCACGCGGCAAAAUGGAAACAGCAGUUUCACAAGGACAACACAAACAACUUAAAGAUGGUCACCAGCAUAAGGGAAGAAAACUCUCCGAGGAGAUCGCUUCUCUAUUGAGGCUCAAAGAGUGCAGGAGGCUCAAUCCUGCUAGUUACUAUACUCCACGUAGAACAUCGCAGUCACAAUCUCUCAGUGGAUCAACUUUUAAAGAGUAUAACGAGUACAUUAAUGAGAAAGAUUCAAGUAGAGCGCAGCGUCAAAACGCUGCCGCCGUUUUAAGCAAGCUCGCCCAUGACUUUUGGGAGAACGACUGUGUCAUUGACGAAGACAUAUUCGAAGAUUCGUCUGACGAAGAACAAUCAUGA